AUGCUACUUGUAGUAAAGGGAGGUCCAGAACCACCGGCAAUCUCCAACGACAUGACGUACUUGCUACCCAGAUGUCGUAGAGGUUUUCAAGGUCAAGUCAUAGCAUGCACACCUUUUGGAUCUGGCAUUAACUUAAAUAAGCCUGAUGCCCAGACAAUGAAACAUAAACAAAAAAAGUUAUGUUUUUACCACCAGUUUUCCUCAGAAUUGUCAGAUUUCCAAAAACCAGCCAAAUUUUGUGUUUGUAUGUUGGUAUUGAAAAUCGAAACUGGGGCGAGUGAUUCGUCCAAAAAAAUUGCCCCGUUAGAUGAAGUCAAGAGGUUUAUAACUCAAUGCAUGUGUGUGGUUGGAGUCAAAGAAGACAAAGCUGAAAUAUUUGCUGAUUCCCUUGUCCAAGCAGAUUACAGAGGAAUAAAUAGUCAUGGUGUUAAUAGGUUGGAACAUUACCUAAAAGAUAUCAAAGACAAACAAUGCGAUGGUAAUGCAGAUCCAACAGUAGCUAUGGAAGCACCAUCAACAGCCGUUGUUUGUGGAAAUAAUGGAUUUGGAGCAGUUGUAGGAAAAUUUUGUAUGGAUUUGGCCAUUGAAAAAGCCUCAAAGACAGGCAUAGGCAUGGUUGUAGCCAAUGGAUCAAAUCAUUUUGGCGUUGGACAGAUAUAUACCGUUCAAGCGAUGAACAAAGGAUUCAUCGGUUUCAGUUUCACAAACACUUCUCCAGUUAUGGUGCCGACGAAUGCUAAAAAAGUAGCGUUAGGAACGAAUCCUCUAUCUUUAGCAGCUCCGGGAGAAAACUGUGAUGGUUUGGUAGUAGAUAUGUCCACAACAGCAGUAUCUUUAGGAAAGGUGAGAUUUUUUUGCAUUACAUUUUUUUUUGGUAACGAAGGCGAACCCAGAAAGGUAAGAAGGGCUAUCCGAGGUUUUUCUGGCUUUGAUUUCGACAAGGGUUUCAAUUCAUACGCGGAACAAGUUAAAUUACACGAUUUGAUUGCCAUUAGCUACAUUCUUGAUUUAAACGUUUGUUUUGAAACUGAUGACGCGGCCGAUCGUAUUAGUUCAUACUUAAAAAACCUUGAAGGUGAUGAAAAUGAGAAUGACGAAGAACAGGACGAAGAAGAAGAAAACGAGUUUGAAGACGAAAGCGAUGACGAAGCUGGAAGGAAAAAAACGAAGACGAAAGCAGUGAAGACGAAGAGAAAAAAGAAGACGAUAAGAAGAAGAAAGGUGCAAUAA